GCUGCCCUCGUCACAGCGCCGCGGGACAGCCAUGCCGGGUCGCCUCCUGCGGGGCCUGUGGCAGCGAUGGCGCCGUUACAAGUACCGCUUCGUUCCUUGGAUCGCGCUGAACCUAAACCACAACCCUAGGACCCUCCGAUAUGUUCCAGAGGAAUCCAAAGACAAAGUUAUCUCAGAUGAAGAUGUCCUAGGAACAUUACUGAAAGUUUUCCAGGCUCUAUUCAUAAAUGAUUUCAAUAAGCAAUCAGAUAUCUUGACUAUGCUUCCAGAAACUGUCAAAUCAAAAUACCACAACCUACUGUCAGUUCAACAUCCAAGGGUGAAACUGCUUGAAUACAGACAUCAACAGCAAAAUACCUUUAAACCAGAAGAAAUUCUUUAUAAGACAUUGGGUUUCAGUGUUGCCCGAGCAACUAGCUCACUGAUAUCUGCUGGAAAAGGUGUCUUCAUUACCAGAGGAUGGGUACCAAAAGGCGCGGUUGUAUCUAUGUAUCCUGGUACAGUAUAUCAGAAGUAUGAGCCAAUCUUUUUCCAGUCCAUUGGAAAUCCAUUUAUUUUUAGAUGCCUGGAUGGGGUACUCAUUGAUGGAAAUGACAAAGGAAUAUCAAAAGUUGUAUAUAGAUCUUGUAAUGGGAGAGAUCGACUUGGUCCUUUCAAAAUGAGUGAUAGUACAUGGCUAACAUCAGAAAUUUGUAAUCCACUGGCUGUAGGACAGUAUGUCAACAAUUGUUCAAAUGACAGAGCAGCUAAUGUCUGCUAUCAAGAAUUUGAUGUGCCUGCAGUCUUCCCUAUAGAGCUGAAGCAGUAUCUUCCAAACAUUGCCUAUAGCUGUGACAAACAAAGCCCACUUCGAUGUGUCAUUCUUGUAGCACUAAGGGACAUCAAACAAGGAGAAGAGCUUUUUUCAAACUACUAUACAAUUGUUAGCUAACUGUGAGCUAGAAAUUAGGUUUUCUACCCAGCUACUGAGUUCACUCUUAAUGUUUUUUGUUCAUUGUUUAACCUAUAGGACAAAUAUUUUGAGGCCUAAUUGGAGGGGGUAUUUUUGUUUUUAUGAUAAAAGCUAUGUGCUUCAUUGCAAUUUCAAAUUUGGAAUACAAUUCCAAUUUUAAUUGGCUUUCCCUUAAAUAUACAGUAGCUUAUUAAGUUAAAACCUACCGUCUGAACUUAAAAUUCAAUUUCAUUUAUUUUGUAUAUCUCUGUGGUGCUUUAUAAAAUUCCAGCGAAUUUUCAUUUCUUACACUGUUGAUUUGU